AUGUCAAGGAGAAAAGGUAAAGCACAUGGAGUAUCCAUAUCAGAAGAGUUUCUGCGAUUAGAUCCAGAAAUCGAAGAUGAAAUAUUAGAGGCAUACAGUUCUAUAACUCUGGAAAGUCAAGAUUUCUUCCUACAUCAGUUACCUAAUUAUUUACGUCAAUUGCAAAUACCAACAUGUUUCACCAAUGACAUAACGCAGUGUGUGGACUAUUACUACGAGUAUAUGCAUAAUGAAGGUGGUGACUUCAAGUUAAAUGAGUCAAACUAUAAACAAGCGAUAACCUUCCAGUUGAUUCUAGCGUAUACAAUCACUGCUUCAACAAAUGACAUAAAUGAAGUAAACAUUAUUGACAUAGUAGAUAUUGAUAAACUUAUUAGAAACGCUAACAAGUUAGUCAAAUUUAGAAAUGCAUAUACUCAUAUUUAUGGAAGUUGGAAAUUAUUCGUGGAUGCUGCAACGACUUUAACAGAUAGCAGCGAAUUGACUGUUACCAACUACCAGUUGACAUUGCCGGAUUUGAAGAAGAUUAAAUCAUUUUUGAAUUUAGAUGAAACAAGCAACGGAAAUGUCUCAUUAGGUGACUCAUUCCUUAUUGAUAUGUUGAGUUGUUGCACAACUACUCAACAUGGUGACAUUAUUAACUAUGAUUACAACAAGCCAAAGAAAGGAUCGUACAUCACUAUCAAAGAUUUCGCUGAAAUUCUUGGAAACCUAGGUGAGUUGGAUUAG